UCAUGAACAAGUGACAGCAAGGAUUUGAAACUGGGCCUAGGACUCCAAAGAGGGUUUUAACCUUUAUAUUAUAAGCAUAUCCGGCCAAGGAAGCAAUGUGAGCAGAGGCACUGGGGUGAGAAGGCAGGGCAGAAGGGGUUAACUACAGAAGGACAUGAUGUUUCUGGAGCGCCAAGUUCUGCACCCACAGGGGUGAGAGUGGGGCUGGUGGGGACUGGUGGGCCUUGUAAGCCAUUACCAGUUGGUAAAGCAUGCCACUCCUGAUUGUGGGGUUGUGAGUUCAGUGAGUUUGAGCCCCACUUUGGGUGUAGAAAUGAUAGGGAAGAAGGGAGGGAGGGGGGCAGGAAAGAAGUGAGGAAAGAAAAUUAGUAUCACUUAGUGAAGGGGUGAAGAAGGAAGAUGACCCCUGGAUUUCUGGACUGAAUAACUGGGCAAACGGUCAUUCCCUCCCUGCUGUAGGGGAUGAGGGCAGGGCUGGUUUUCGGGAAAGUGAUGAGUUCUGGUUGGCUUCCCUGUGUUUGAUGUGGGAGCAGAAGCCUAACAGGCAGUGGCUCCAGGAUCCAGGCUCCAGGGUCAGACAGACUGGGUCCAGCGCCUACCUUCAUGAACCUACUAGUUCUGUCUCAUUGGGCAAGAAACUUGAUUUCUUUAAACCUGUUAAUUCAUCCAUAAGAUAGCAACAGUAAUAGAAUUUUAGGGUUGGGAUAAAAUGAGAAUAAAAGGAGACAAUGUGCGGUGUCUGGGACAAAAUACAUAUCGAAAAAUGGCAACUCUCUUAUCAUUGUUAUUAUUUAUUAUCAGUAAAUCUGAAGCUCAGAGAAGAAGCAAUUUCAGAAGUCAUCAAAUGGAAGUUGAAACCAGGAGAGUAAAUGAGAUGAUCCAAAAAGAGUGUAGAGGCUGAGAAGGGUAGAAGUUGAACACCAGGAGCCCUGGCAUUUCAGGGGUAGACAGAGGAAGAACAGCAUAAAAACAAAUGGUUAUAGAAGAAGGAGGAAAGCCACCAGAGCUUGGUGCCGAGGAAGCCAUAUGUAGGAGCCACACAGCUGACUGAUCCUCUGUCUUCUUCCUUCUCCCUAACAGAACCUGAUGUUGUCAGGGUCAGCAUGUUGUGGAUUCUGUGUGUCUCAGAGAAGGGUGGACCCAAUUGUGGGCUGGGACCUGGGGCCCAGAAGGUCCUGAAGAAGGGUGACGAGGGGCCCUUCAAUGUGGAGGCACUGGAUGAAAUCAGAAUGAGACGCAGGGUCAAGAUGGAAAAGCAGCAGGUGCGGAUCCGUGGAACCAGAAUAGUGUCUGUAGCAAACUGAGAAGCCAUUCCAGACAUCCGCAGGAUCUUGGCAGCAGUUUGAUCUAAAGAUGACCCUCCGUGUGCUGUGGGCCAGCCUGAGCCUUCUCCGCCUGGUGUGGUGUCUCCUGCCGCAGACAGGCUACGUACACCCAGAUGAGUUCUUCCAGUCACCCGAGGUCAUGGCAGAGGACAUCCUGGGCGUGGAGGCUGCGCGGCCUUGGGAAUUUGACCCCAGCAGCUCUUGCCGCACGGUGCUCUUCCCGCUGCUGACCUCCGGCUCCGCCUUUUGGCUGCUCAGGCUCUGGGAGCAGUGGGGGCCGCGGCGGGGCCCGGUGAGUGGCUACGUGCUGCUGGUGGGGCCCCGACUCCUCCUCACCGCCCUCUCCUUUGCCCUGGACGUGGCCGUGUACCACCUGGCCCCUCUAUGGGGGGCGGAGCGCUGGAACGCCCUGGUCCUGCUGUCCGGCUCCUACGUCACCCUGGUCUUCUACACGAGGACCUUCUCCAACGCCAUCGAGGGACUGCUCUUUGCAGGGCUGCUGGUGGUGGUGUCCCCCAGGUUGGCGUGGAGCCCCACCCCCAGGAAGCCCGCCCCGGGCCCGUGGGGGCACAGCUGGCUGCUGGGGGGCAUCAUGGCUGCUGGCUUCUUCAACCGGCCCACGUUUCUGGCCUUUGCUCUGGUCCCACUCUUCCUCUGGAGCAGCCGCGGCGCGGCGCACCCCGGCUUCAAGUCGCUGGCGAAGGAAAUGCUGGCGCUGCUCCCGGGAGCGAGCCUCGUGGCGGCGGUGUUCGUGGCUGUGGACAGCUGGUAUUUCUCCAGUCCCUCUAGAUCCAGCACCCUCGUUCUUACGCCUGCCAACUUCUUGUACUACAACCUGGAUCCUCAGAACCUGGCAAGGCAUGGCACACAUUUGCGGCUCACUCACCUGGCCGUCAACGGUUUCCUGCUCUUUGGGAUACUGCAUGCCCAGGCCCUGCAGGCGGCGUGGCUACAGCUGCAAGCCUGCCGCCGGGCCUUUGCACAGAUGGGCUUCCUGAGGGCUCUGGGGCACAGGAGCCUGCUCUCUGGCCCCAGGUCUUGCCUCCUGCUCCUCUACUUCACGCCUCUGGCCCUGCUUUCUGCCUUUAGCCACCAGGAGGCUAGGUUCCUGAUCCCCCUCCUAGUCCCCCUAGUCCUGCUUUGUAGUCCACAGACCCAGCCUGUGCCCUGCAAGGGCCCCCUGGUCCUCUUCAAUGUCCUGGGCGCCCUCUUCUUUGGCUGCUUGCACCAGGGGGGCCUAGUGCCCGGCCUGGGGCACCUGGAGCAGGUGGUUCAUGCCCCCGCAUCCCCCAGCCUACCCACCCACUACACACUCCUCUUCACCCACACCUACAUGCCCCCCAGGCACCUUCUCCACCUCCCAGGCCUGGGCUCGCCGGUGGAGGUGGUGGACCUGGCUGGGACUGAGGACUGGGUCCUGUGCCGAGCCCUGAACAACUUCACCAGACAACCAGCCUGCCAGGUGGCUGGUGGGCCGUGGCUCUGCCGCCUCUUUGUGGUGACCCCGGGCACCGCCAGGCCUGCCAUGGAGAAGUGCCACUUCCCUCUCAAGAGUGAGACGCUCCUGUUUCCCCACUUGACCCUGGAAGACCCACCAACCCUGUCUUCUCUGCUGAGUGGGGCUUGGAGGAACCAUCUCAGCCUUCACAUCUUGGAACUGGGGGAGAAGCCUGGCAAUGUGACCAAAAAGCCACCGCCCAUGAGUUGGCCAUAGGUGAAGGUACCACUGCACCUUCUGUGUGGGUAGCUGGGCUGGAACAAAGCCCUGAUUCUCUUCCAUUCCUCUCCCUUCCAGAAGUCCCACUCCUGCCUCUCCUGUGCAUAGGCUUUGGCUGCUCUGCCUUCUGGGUAAGCUGGCACCCUUCUCCCCUUGAAGACCAAAGAUCUGACCAGUCACAAUCCUGACACCAAUUUCCCCAAAGAACCUGGUGUAACCGGUGUCUGGUGAACAGCCUCAGGUCUGUUCCUGCCCUAUUCCUUCUAGCCACUGUGAUAUUUUGAUAUGUAGUAGCUAGCACCUGGUUAUGAAAAGAGAGAGAUCUGCGUGCAGAUGGCAUUCCUCUCUCAAACCUUCCAGGAUGCCUUAUCUCUUCCUGUCGGAUAACCCUCCGGCUUCCUAGAUCACCAGGAAGGAGGCAGUGGUGAUGUAUAGAGCAGGCAGUUCAGAUUCCAGAGACCCGAGUUCUAGUCCCUGGUCUACUUGCCACUGUCUGGCUGUGUGAUCUUAAGAAAGCCCCUUCCCCUCACCUCGCCUCAGUUGCCAAUCUGCACAGUGGAUAAAAGUGUCUCUGAGGUGUCUGCCAGCUAACACUGUGUCAUGCCUUGGUCUGCAGUGCAUGUCCCCCAUCUAAACAAGCAUAUCUGUCCCAAAGCUCUUUAAGCAGCCUUGGUGUGGCGGUGUAUUUAAUGGCACUCUGGGGCCUGCUGUCUCCGCAUGGGGUUAUUACCAAAACAAGUAGUUCUAGAAUUGCUCUCCUCACUCUCUUCUACUCCUGUCCCUGAGGGAGGGGGUAGGACCUUUCUGCAUCUCACCCUUUAAGGAGCAUUCUUCCGGAUUGGGGAGCCCAGAUGUUCCCCGUCCUCAGCGGGCCCUAGUGGGAAUGGAGAAUUAGUAGCUGUCUCCACUUGGGAGCUCUCUGGUGCUCCCAGAGACUUCUUAAAUGCAGUCUGGUGGCUCACUAAGCUCAAAGCCCCCAUCAGAAACCGCUUCAUAGGAUAGAGAGCAAACCCCAUGCCCUGUGGGUGAUGAAAGCUAUCAUCACAGCUCCAGGCACGGGCGCCCCCUCUAAGGGCACCCCUAACCAAUCCACUGGGAACGUGAGGAGCUGCAGCACUCACCCUGUCCUCAUUCUCCCUCCUCAAAUCUCUACCACCUCCUGAAAAUAAGAGGCACCCAGGCCACAGAAAUCAUUGAGCUGUAAGUCAAUACAGAGCUGGAGACCAAACCAACACUUGACCAAGCCUGAGCAUUCUUCUAGUCCUGACCUGCUGGCUAAGGUUUGGGGCAGCCCAAAGCAGCGGCCCUCCCAGUCACGCUGUUCGUGGCUGCUGCUUGUUCUUGGUGCCACACGCUCCUCCUGACUCCAACCCCAAAGACAGGCAGGGUCAGUGAUAUGCUAGUAAAUGUUUAGCAACCAUUCUUUGGGGGCACAAAAGCCCCCAUGUGGAGCAUUUGCCGAUUUCCAUGGCGUAAAUACUCCCACCUGACUGAUUUCAAACUACCACAAUGAUGCUACUGAACUCCAAGCUAAGAGGAGAUGCCAGUAGACAUUGGCUCCAGCAAACUACUGGACUUUUCCCUCUUUUAAAUUCUGUAGUAAUUGCUCUUGUGGUUUAUGUUUCUAUGAACCUCUCAUUUGUCUUCCUAUCCGUAGUGCUUAGCGUCAUCUUUGGCACACAGGAAAUACUUCCUCUUUUCUUUGCAGCCAAAGAUGGCUUUUCUGCCCAAGUGCCAUCUUGGAGACACCUGACUCCAGGGUCCCAGACUCUUCCCCCAGUUGGAUCCACAAUCUCAGAAUUUCCUGGAGGAAUUCCAGGAAAUUGGUUAUAACAGGCUGUGUAGAUUGUUGAUGGUCUGACUUCUAAUAAAUUUGUCCAUAAAGCGUUUGUAUCUAAGUUUAUGCAGCAUCAAGGGAGGAAUCAGAAUUGCCCUGCAAGAUAGCAGGAGGAGUUGCUUCCCUGCUUCACUCUCUAGCAGAAUUUAGGAAAGCUUGAAAAGCAUGCUGGGAGAUUGCCACCGGGGGUGGUGGGAAGAAUCUGAUGUUUCUUUAGUAAUAGGCUUAUGGGUGGGAUGGCAAGCCGGUGACUACAAUCACUGGAGUCUCCUCCAAUGAAGCAGAAGUCAUCUGAAAUCACCUACAGCUGAACCAGAAAGGACCAAGUUUUCUCUCUCUGCUCCGACUCCCUCUACAAAAACAGAGAGAACUUAGUUCUUACCCACUUCCAUGAGAAAUAAACACAGCCCCCUUCUCUUGCUUUCUUUCUUUUCUUACCAAAAUGACCAGUUUGUCUAGCAGCUUCAUUGCUUCCUGCCCUGCUUCCCUUUUUGUCCCUGCCAGUUUGGAAAAAGACCUCCCAGUGAGUGUGCUUGCCUGUGCUGAGGGUAGGGAGUCAGGCUGGGGACAGCUAAUACUCUGCUGCUGAGAUCCAGAGACAAAUGAGUGGGAUUGAGACCAGUGUGGCAGGAAGGCCAGAGAAGGAACAAGCUCCCCAGGCUCCUCACUACCAGCCUCAAAGGAGGAUCCAGAGUUGCCUCUGAUCUGGGAUGAGGAUUUGUCCUUUAAUAGGAUUGGGGUGUGGAAAGGAUGCCAAACCAGGACUGUGGUCAUUAGGAGAGUGGGACUCCAGGCCUCAGGAUUAAACAGCAGCACCUCCAAUGGGAUGACCAGGAUAGGAUAUCAAGUCAGAUAUUACAAUGUUACUUUAGCUUCUCCAUUCCCACAGCAGGUCUCUCCACCCCUAUCCAGCUCUUUCUCUGUACCUAUCAGAAAGGCCAG